AGUGGACGCUGGCGUUUUGUCAGGCUCUGGGAGGGUGGACGCGAAACAUUCUUGAACGGCACAGAUUUAGGACACCACACUGCAAAAGAAGCAGCCAUAAUAUUCUCGAGGAGACCGUCAAGUCGAAAUUGACAACGACAUCACGCCUAGCAACAAUCUGUUCAGCCUUACUUCACUUAAAGCAGCGAGACAACUUGAAUAACCUCCUCACAGCUCCCAGCAGCGACCCCAGGACUUUGUCUCCUGUUUCCUGACAAGGUGUGUAUUCCCGUUGGCCUUUCACAAUCUCAAAGGUUCAUCAUGGCAGGGGUAAAGAGAAAGCACAGCGGAAUGGGCGACGAUGAGUCCCUUUCGUCUGAGACAAAGUCACCAUUUCUCCCCAUAUUUGAAGCUUUCCGGGCUGAACUUGAUGAGCACCACGAUCGCAGAGAAAAGAUCAUCAAAGUGUCAAGAGACGUGACUGCUCAAAGUAAGAAGAUCAUAUUUGCAUUACAAAGAGUUCGUGAACUCGGCAAACCCAUACAUGCCUCGAUAUCCAAGCAAACGGCGCCCAUGUAUACCACCAUCCGUGACCUGUUCCAGAGCGUCGUCCCAGACCUACAAGGCAUCAAUGCAUAUCGCUACCACGGAAACAUCAGUGGUGGCAUUCAAGAGUUCAUGGAAGCCGUCACUUUUCACCGCUACCUGGAAACUCAACAAGUCAUGAAUUUCGAAGAUGCACAGACACAGCUUCCAAAGGGCAUCUCCCUCACUUUCGAUGACUACGUACUUGGUUUGUUCGAUAUGACAGGUGAAUUGAUGCGCUUUGCAAUCACGUCCAUGGCCACAAACGGGCAGUUGCCUGGGUUAUCCAGAGGAGCAGAGUCGUCUCAAAAGUCCUCGAUCUUGACGGACAUGCAAGAUCUGCGUGCAGGUUUUGAGGCGCUAGAUGCGGUCAAAAUCCACAGCCUAGCAAAAGCUUUCGACGGCAAGCUCAAGACAACGAGAGAGUCUGUAGAGAAGGUGGAGAACGGCGUUUACCAAAUGAUAGUAAGAGGCAAAGAGAGACCCAAGGGCUGGAAACCAGAUACUUCGUCCGGUGAUGCAGGGAGGGACAGCCAGGAAACAACGGAGAGACAGUGAAAAGGAAGCGUCCAUUCUCAACUCGCAGCAGACUGCUUCCUCGCGUCUGCUCAAAUGCUGGGCUAUCUCGAGAGCUACUGAAGCAUUUGUACAUCGGUCCUCCACUGGCUGAUGUCCGUGAUACCCUGCCACCCUUGUAUAUCAGAAUCACGCAAAAUUGUGUACCUCAGAUCUCCAGCCUUUCUUUUCUUAUGGCUGAGUCGGGUCUUCAUCAGCCUCCAGAAUGCCCUCCUUCACCAGCUGUUCUGGCUUGGGCCGUUGCUGAAUCUUAUGCUCCAGACUGUCUGCCCGCAUAUGCCUAUCCAAUGCUUUCUGGUUGGCUUGCAGGGCUGGGGC